AGCUGCGAUUGGCGGAGCUGCGGCUGGUUGAUACAUUCGUAAUCGGCAUUCUGCGCCCUCAGAUUAUUUCGGGCCCGCCCGCGAGCACCUGCUGUGCAAUACCGUGUAGCCGGAGACCUCCCGGACCGCCCCGGCACUCGGCAGCGUUUCAGUAAGUCCAAACUCUUUAACUGCGGUUGAGCUUCUUGGGACAUUUGAUCAGUCGAAGGCAGAAUAUGGACAACGGGGGAGGGAGCGAGCAGCAGCUCUUGCCGCGGCUGUGCUGCCCGGAGAAAGGACCGAACGGCUACGGCUUCCACCUGCAUGGAGAGAAAGGCAAAGCAGGCCAGUUCAUUCGCUUAGUGGAGCCCGAUUCCCCGGCGGAGAAGUCCGGGCUGCGGGCUGGGGACCGACUGGUGGAAGUGAACGGUGAGAACGUGGAGAAGGAAAGUCACCAGCAGGUAGUGAACCGCAUCCGAAGCGCGGCAAAUUCGGUGCGUUUGCUGGUGGUGGACCCCGAGACCGACGAGCGGCUGCAGAAACUGGGUAUUGCGUGCUGCGAAGAACUCAUUCGCGGGCUGCCGGAGGAGAUAUCCGAGGGGAAGAGCGAUGCCCGAAAAGUGCAGGAGGAUACUCCGCGGGACCUGAAGGAGGAGGAAGAGAGGAGCAAAGCCGAUACGGAGCUGAAGAACCACGCUGACCAACGGAUGGAGCUGCGGCCUCGUCUCUGCCAAAUGAAGAAGGGUCCGAAUGGAUACGGAUUCAACCUCCAUAGUGACAAGACCAAACCAGGCCAGUAUGUCCGGGCCGUGGACCCAGGCUCCCCAGCUGAAUCUGCAGGACUGCUACCCCAAGACCGGAUUAUUGAGGUGAAUGGGGUGUGCAUGGAAGGCAAGCAGCACUCGGACGUUGUUUCGGCCAUACGGUCUGGUGGAGACGACACCAAGCUGCUGGUGGUAGAUAGCCUCACGGACGACUUCUUCAAGAAAUGCAAAGUCAUCCCUUCCGAAGCCCACCUGAAAGGUCCCUUGCCAGAACCAGUUGCCAAUGGCGAUAUGGAGAAGGAGAAUUAUACAGAUGAUCAGCCGAAGUCUGCAACUGAAAUUCCUUCUAGCCCUGUGCCUGCAUCUCCUUCCCCAAGUUUAAAUGAAGCUCACAAUGAGGUAUGGAAGCAGCCCGAGCACAGAGAGGAGCCAGGAGAGCUCAACGCUCAAGAGAAGGAGGCGCACCGCAGCUCUGUCUCCGAUCCUGUCCUUGACCUGGACAUCCCGCUGGCAGUUGCCAAGGAACGUGCCCACCAGAAGCGCACCAACAAAAGAGCGCCGCAGAUGGACUGGAGCAAGAAAAACGAACUGUUCAGCAACCUCUAGAGCCUCCCGUGCCCACCGCGCAGGGAGGAGAGGCACAGGCAAAAUCAGAAAAAUUGCCGGAUCAUCUUCCUUGGCUUUCUCCUAAGCCUCCAUUUUCCCACCACUUCCCCUCUCUUAACCUGGGGGAUGGGGACACAAGCUCUUGUGUUCUUCUGUUUAGCCUGAAGGAAAACAAAUGGCAUGAUGAUCACUCACACACAAUCUGGGAAAAGUGAUUUCUAUUUAAAAAAGAAAAAAGAAUGAACAGACAUUUUUAUACAUCAUCUUCAAAUAGAUUUCAUGCGAGAGUGAGGGGAUUGGUUAAUCUGAGAGCCUAAAGGCAAGAUGGUAUUGGGUCCAUGGUGGGGCCAAGUCCCUUUUCUGAGGAGAAGCAUGCUUAUUUCUCUCUGUUUCAAAUUCAGUAAGAUUUUUAGUGGAAAACACAUGUUCAGGACAAGGUUUUGGGGUUCCAGGCUUGACACCUUUCAAGAGGCAUGGUUUGGCGCUUGGCCACUCCUUAAAGGCACUGGCUCUUGGGAUACCUGAUGCCAAAACCGUGAGUCUGGGUGAACAUGGCCAACGCACUCCGGAGAGAUUCUCUUGGGGUGCUGAUUGAGCUAGUCCAGAAUUAGUAAUUUAAAGACUGUAGCUUUAGUUUAGAGUGGAGUUCUUAAUCCAAAUUUGACUACCAGCCGAAAUCCUCUUGUGAGCGGACGUCUUUUCCACAAGGAACCAUUUUCCUUGGACUGGAGUUGUCUAUCCAUGACACUCCAUCCUUUUUGGGGCAAGGUAAAGAGACUUUCUAGUUUGCAGUUGUUAGUCAGCUGCUUGUGGGAUGACAAGGCUCACUGAAUGUCUUCCAUUGCCUCUCAUGUGCUUUAAAGUUUUGGACAGUGGGUGGGAAGAGGGAGCCCCAGGAAAUGGUUUGGGAGCUGAGCCUGUGGGGCUUCUUCUUCUUUUGGCCAGGAAUCUCGAGCGGGAGGGUGGGUUUCAGGUCUAACAGAGUGCGUGAAAGCAGCAGAGAAUAAUAUCCUGAGCUCAAUUUAUUCAUGGAGACGGGGAGCCAAUCAGGGUUUUCAAUAGCAGUGCUUAAUUAACAGUUUAUCUAUGAACUGUUCCAUUUUCUGAAUUGUUUUCUAAUUAUAGCUGUCUUUCUCCUAUCUGUGUAUAUUGUGGAAAUUAUUCCUCCCCCAUGAAUGCUGUUUCUUUUUGUUUUGUUUUGCUUUGUUUUCCUUGAUUGUUGUUGGCAAUGUCAAAUACAAGAGAGAUCUUGUCAGCUGGAAAGGAAUGGGGGAAAGCCACCAUGA